AUGAAGUUCCAAAUCGCUCAAAUUCUUUUCGGACUUGUUUGUCUGUCGGUUGCUAACCCAAUCGCAAGGGUUGAAGAACAGAUCUACAAAAAUCUUGCAGAAUCAGAACUAACCAACGUUCUGAUUACAUUCCGACGAGCUGACACUAAAUCUGCAUGGGAACGUUUCUACUCAUUGAGGCUCACAACCCGCGCAGCUAUUUUGGACACCCAACACGCCAUCCUUAAGGAUCACGCUGAUGUAGUCCAAGCUGACAUUACCGCAAUUUUGGAGAAAGUUAAGAUCGCAGGCAAGAAGCACUACGUUGAUCAACUCUGGAUCACAAAUGAGCUCAUCGUUCGCGAUAUUGACAGAGAAACCGUUGAACUAUUGAGGAACCAUCCAGACGUUGAAUCCCUGGUUGCUGAACAAUUCAUACAAUUGGAACAAACUGAAGAAGGCGAAAGCUUUGACCUCAGAGACUAUAACAACACCAUCCUCAAUCAAUGGGGUAUUGUAAAUGUAAACGCUCCAGCUGCCUGGGCUAGAGGACUUACUGGAACUGGAAUCGUUAUUGGAAACAUCGACACUGGAGCACGUCACACUCAUGUAGCUUUGGCUCCCACUUACCGUGGAAACAAUGCCGGAGAAAACCACAACUAUAACUGGUUUGCGCCAACUGGAAAUGCUGCAGUUCCUUCUGACACCAAUGGACACGGAACUCAUUGCAUUGGAAGUCACUCCGGUACUCAAGGUCUCGGUGUUGCACCAAACUCACGUUGGAUCGCUUGUCGUGGCUGUGCUGGUCCUGGUUGCUCCACUUUCGAUCUUAACUCUUGCGGCAACUUCAUGGCUUGUCCAACAAAUACUGCUGGUGGUGCAGCUCAAUGUGCUAGAGCUCCACAAAUCGUAAAUAACAGUUGGGGUGGUGCUGGUGGUUCAACUUGGUUCAAUCCUAUUUUGACUGCAUGGAGAAAUGCUGGUAUUUCAGCUGUAUUUGCAGCUGGAAACAGUGGCAAUGCCUGUAACACUCAUUCAUCUCCAGGAGAUCAACCACUCGCUUUCGCAGUUGGAGCCACUACAAGCACAAAUGCGCUUUGGACGUCAUCCAGUGUUGGUCCAGGCCCAGGCAACGCAGUAAAACCAAACGUUGCUGCUCCAGGUGCUAGCGUUGCAUCUGCUUCUCACUUGGCCGAUACAGGAUUGCGUACAUUGUCUGGCACCAGUAUGGCAGCUCCACAUGUUGCCGGAGCUGUUGCUUUGGUCUUUCAGGCUCGUGGUGGUACCGUUGUUGCAGCUCACGCUCGUCUCACUAGCACUGCUUUAGCUCACGUUUCCGGUGGCAGAACUUGUGGUGGAGUACCAGAGGGUACACGACCCAACAACCACGUCGGACAUGGACGUAUCGAUGCCAACGCAGCUGCUUAA